UGCCUCAGAGAGAGAGGAGAGCGAGCCGAGGAGAGCCGGGCAGUUCGGAGGGAAGGACCGGUGCGAGUCAGGCGGCCCUUGAGGCUCCGCUCGCCCACCUUCCACUCUUCUCUCUCUCUCCCCCUCUCUCUCUUCGCCAUUUCUUUCCUCUCCCAAAUCUCCCAUUCAGCCAAAGGAAGGAGGUAAGGGAAGCACUCCCCGACCCCCCGCGCCUCCAAAAAACAAUAAUAUUUUAAAAAUUUUACAGUCGGGACCGAGUGGUGGCCGGCUGGCUAUGGAGCUGCUGUGCUGCGAGGUGGACCCGGUCCGCAGGGCCGUGCCGGACCGCAACCUGCUGGAAGACCGCGUCCUGCAGAACCUGUUGACCAUCGAGGAGCGCUACCUCCCGCAGUGUUCCUAUUUCAAGUGCGUGCAGAAGGACAUCCAACCGUACAUGCGCAGGAUGGUGGCCACCUGGAUGCUAGAGGUCUGUGAGGAACAGAAGUGUGAAGAAGAGGUCUUUCCUCUGGCCAUGAAUUACCUGGACCGUUUCUUGGCUGGAGUCCCGACUCCUAAGACCCAUCUUCAGCUCCUGGGCGCAGUGUGCAUGUUCCUAGCUUCCAAGCUGAAAGAGACCAUCCCGCUGACUGCGGAAAAGCUGUGCAUUUACACCGACAACUCUGUGAAGCCCCAGGAGCUGCUGGAGUGGGAACUGGUGGUGUUGGGUAAGCUGAAGUGGAACCUGGCCGCAGUCACCCCUCACGACUUCAUUGAGCACAUCCUUCGCAAGCUGCCCCAGCAAAAGGAGAAGCUGUCCCUGAUCCGCAAGCAUGCGCAGACCUUCAUCGCUCUGUGCGCUACCGACUUCAAGUUUGCCAUGUACCCGCCGUCGAUGAUCGCAACUGGAAGCGUGGGAGCAGCCAUCUGUGGGCUUCAGCAGGAUGAUGAAGUGAAUACACUCACGUGUGAUGCCCUGACUGAGCUGCUGGCCAAGAUCACCCACACUGAUGUGGAUUGUCUCAAAGCCUGCCAGGAGCAAAUCGAAGCUGUGUUGCUGAACAGCCUGCAGCAGUUCCGUCAAGAGCAGCAUAACACCGGAUCCAAGUCUGUGGAAGAUCCGGACCAAGCCACCACCCCUACAGACGUGCGGGAUGUUGACCUGUGAGGAAGCCAUUCGGGCGGCAAGAGAGAGGCGUGUUCGUCAUCUGCUAGCCCCUUCUCUCUCUAGUUAUGUCUUGUUCUUUGUGUUUUUAGGAUGAAACUUCAAAAAAGAAAAAAACAAAAACAAAAACAAAUCUGCCCCCACCUAGAUCCUAUUUAAAGGUCUUUUAGAAGUGAGAGGAAAAGGCCGUAUAGUUGUAACACAUGUGGUGCCUGUUCAAAGUUCAGCAUAAGGGGAUCCCUUGUACACUCGAACCGUUAUUAUUUGAUGAUGUAAAAGUCAUAGUGAGAUGCUUGCAGGAGAACCCGCAGACUAGCUAGAGUGUGCAUACCUGCAAUAUGGGAACAAAUUAGAGGAGACUGUCUUUUGUGCUUGUGACGUAGUGCAUAUGCCCCCUUUAGAAUUGCAAGGAACUGUGGGUGCCAGGACGGCAUGAGUAGUUUGCAAAGCAGUGAACCCAAGGAGGAAUCAGAAACAAGAAGGGACAUGCCGGGGAGGUUGCACAAAACCACCCGACCACAUGACUGAACCAUUUUGGAUGUAAGAAGCGCCUUGAUGCCUCACCACGUGUUCCCAAGACUGAGCGUGGUCGGGUCUCUCCGUCGCAUACUCUUGCUGACUAAAGUAGCUGCUACCUAAGGGAUAUGUCUUUUGCCAGUUGGACACAGGUGAACGGCUCCUAAGUCUCGUGUUUGGUGAAUUUGGGCUUCUUCUUCCAAACAUGGUUCAUUGUAGAUGUAUUUUACUGUUAUCUGAUGGAGGGAAUUCGCUAUGGGCCAUGACCAAAACGCAUCUAAAUGGGGGCAGAUGGAGACCACAGACGGAAUCUAAAACAAAUCUUCCUUGUGUAAGGGAAGAGGGUGAGGUGAUCUUUAAUCCCCUUGUUAAGAAAAAGAAAAAAACAACCCUUAACUUUUGGUGCUGAUUGGCAUGUCUGGUCCACUGUUUAACUUUGUUAUAAACCAUUCCAUUAGAAAAGCACUUUGAAAAUUUGGGGGGAGGGUGGGGUGGGAUAUGGGAUGGUUUAUGCAAAUCAUGUUGAAUAUGCCUUCCUCCUUUGCCCCUCCCCUUCCUGACCCUCGUCCAGUUACUGUUCAUUUCUGGAGUCUGAUGUUCUGGUACCCAGCUCUGGUGUCCCUGCCAGGGCUGAGAAAGCCCUCUGCUGAUAUCCUCAUCCCAGCAUUCCUCGGAAAACCUGUCAACAGAGGUCUAAAACAUUCUGAUGGCUUAGAAGGAUUGAAUCCCCGUCUAUGUUUUUCUCCUUUAGACAUGGAAAGAAAAGUUACUUCUGAUGCAAAGGCUGAACAUCAGGGUGUGGCAUUUUGGUCCCUUUUCCGUUUUUUGUUUGUUUGUUUGUUGUUAAUUUUAGUGCAAAGUUGUAUUCAUUGUACUUGAAGACCCCUCUCCCACUUCUUUGAGACAGUCAGUAAACAGAAGUGGGAGCCACAGUUGGUUUGGUUUGGUUUGGUUUUUUUGGUUUUUUGUUUUUUGUUUUUUUUUUUUUUUUUGCACAAUUAUAAUUGACAGGUUGUGAAGCUAUUUGUUAAAAUAUCCGCUUUUUUUUUUUUUUUUUUUUUUUUGAGAAAAGAUCAGAACAGGGCUGCUUUGAAGCGUUAUACACAGGUUCUGCCUUGUUUCACAGUGUGAGGGUUGAAGAUGGAGAAACAUCUAAGGGUCUCUUAUCUUUCAUUUUUCUUUUGUUCUGUUUAUUAUUAUUUUUCGCUGCUAAGAAGCUAAGAUCGUUCACCCCCAUUCACAUUAACAGUAUCUAGCUGUAAUGUUUCACGGUGUGCUGCUAUUUUAGAAACAUUGUUAUAAUAUAUUAUUUUACUGCUUAAAUUUCAAGUCCCGAAGUAGAUGGUUGAGAGAUGAGUUCUCUGUACUGGAAAAGCUUUUUUCCUCUGUUCCUGUUCUUCUGGUAGCAUUGAUGGGCUGCGUUUCAUUUGGUUCCGUUCUGUUCCUUUUCUUCCGUGCUUCUUCAUUUCCAGGUUUUCUUUUCCUCCUCUGAUCACAUUCUUCAAAGAGAGUAUUCUUUACCUCAGGUUUACUGGACAAAAACAAAACAAAACAAAACCAAUAAUGAUAACAAUGUACUUCUUUUUGUUUUCAUAAUACCUCACAGCUCUACCGGUUCUGUUUGGAAGGCCACUGGCACCAGGCACAGGGCAGGCAGAAGAUAGGGACUGGACAUCCUACUUGAUAGAAAGCAGGAGAAAGCUGACCCCAGAGUCUCAGGCCAGGGGUCUUCUCUGUCUUGAAGGUCACCAGGCUCCCCUCUGACACAGGCUCCCUUCUUAUGAUAGAAGACAGUGAUGAAGGGCUCCUCUACCCAAGGCAGAUAUUCAUCAAACACAGACAGUGGUCUAGGUCAGCCUGAUUUGCAUAUGUGCACCAGAGUCAACAAUGAAGAAUUCUGGCAGACAGUUAGGAGACCCUUCCCCCAUCUUGUAGCCCAUUCAGACACAGGACUUUCCUCUUCAUGGGGUCCCUUUAUCAUGAACAUUGACCAGUUUCCUUCUUGGCAUCUAUACCCCAACUUCGGAUGGCCUCCGAAGACUUCCUAGGACUGAGUCUGGUGCUGAGUCUGCAGCACACGUGGAUGGUAUUCCUUUCUCCUUCUCUUGUCCUCUGCAGUCUACAGUGACAGGCAAGCACUGUGUGUGGCCAGGUUGUCUGUGUGUAGCAUUGAAUGGCUUCAGGGUUUGGAUCCCAUUGAGUGGGGCAAGGUAGGAGGCCCAGGUUGAAUGAGUCUGGAAUGCAAGUUGAAAGAAGGGAGAGGCUGUUUCUGUGGUCUCCGGUGUAUUUAGGAAGGAUUGGGACUUGGUGAGUUAGCAAGACCCUAAUUUCUAGGGGCUUUGUGGUGGGACAGUGGGUGAUGGUUUGGGAAGUUUGAGAGAGGAAACGGGAGCAGCCUGCAGCUAGCCAGUGUUUAUCCAGAGCUCACACACUGCACAGCACCCUCUCCUGGUCCUUAAGGGACCCCACAGAACUUGACAGACACACUCCCUUGAGUUCUUGGGCAACUUGGGUACCUGAUGAGUGGCCUUUGAGCUUAACUGAAACAUUGAAUGAAGGAAGCUGACACACAAGGGGAGAGGCAGGUUACUAUCUGCCCCUCCAUUCAUCUUACCUGGAACCUAAGACACUUUUCCUGUUUGCCUUCCUUGGAGCCUAGUGGGACGAGUCCUGUAGAGUGGCCAUUCUGCCUGCUCCUCACUUACACAAAGGAAGGGAGUCUGGAUUCCUUGGUGACCAAUACCUUCUGCUUAGAUGUGGGUCUCCUUGGUAGUAUUUCUGUCUCAGGGGUUUAAACGACCCCAAGGAUUUCAGCUUGCUCUCCCUAAGCCCCUUCAUAUCCUACAGAAGGGAUUGCAGAUUCUGGUCUUUUUUCUGCCUUGCUAAUGAUCUCUUCUUUGUUUCUAAUUUGUCAUUGUUGUUUGUUUUUGGUUGUUUUUGUUUUUUUUCUCCAGCAGUGGGGGCUAAGUCGUUCCCCCAGCCUGCCAAAUUUUGAUCCUUCCCUGUUUUGACCAAAUCCUAGGGGAAAGAAGCCCUAGUAUGCCAAAAAUAAUAUGCUAAGCAUAAGGAAAUUCAUAAUGGUUCCUAAGAACCAGGCAGCCUGUGAGUGGUGAGCUGCUUCUAGAUGGGACAGCUUGUAGAGGCUGCUUUGGUUUGAACUGUCCCCAGGACACCAUGGGAAAGCAGAGCCCGUCUUAUAGGUUGCUAGCUUUAAGGUGCAUGCCUACUGAGACGGACUCCUCUCUAGCAGCCAGGCUGGGGGUAUAUGUAGCACCCCUGGAUCCCAUCUUGUUGCUAGCAGGGUAAGUGACCCCUUGGAGGGAGCUUAAGAGCUUUCCUAUAGUCUAGCUCUUUGGGGAUCCACCAGAUUGUGCCUUGGGAGCUGUAGGAGCAACAGGCUAAGACGGGGUGGCUUUCACAAAAAAGGCAGAGGAGCUUUGUCUCCAUGAGGUAUGAAGACAGGGCUUGGAGGACCACACUUGUCCCUGUGUCCUGGACAGUGGUGUGGGAACUGGUGGUAGCAAUCAGAAGUCUAAGUAAGCCAACUGACCUCUAAGCCCAAAGGACUCCCCCUUGUUUACCUUAGACAGUCCAACCUUGGGAAUAGCUUUAAAAAGGGGAAUUAAUACUGAGACAGUGAAGUCCCCUUAAGCAGACAAGCCCUCCAUAGGUGCACACCGCACACAGGCUUCUCUCAGUGCAGACUCCAGGUGGUGGUCAACAGCUGCGGCAUGCUUAUCUAUUUGUACGAAAUAGUGUAGGGAAGUCCCAGGAGGUGUUAUAGCUUCCGUAUACCAUGUGGCUUUUGAUGCUUCUGGAUUCUCAACAGCACAAAAGAGUCCUCGAGCCGGAACAUGCGCUACUCUGCUUUUAAACGUAGCUGGGCUGGGAGACCCGUUCUUGGCUCUGGUUUUACGAAGCCAUCAAUACAUACACACCCUUGAUGGAGCUGCAGAUCCGUUCCUUUUCCUGCAGCCCACUUGUGGGGGAAAAGUGCCUUACUGACUUACAGUAGCCACUCAGUUUCAACAGGUGCCUAUCUUUGACAAAAAAAAAAACCAAAAAAAACAACAACAACAACAACAACAAAAAAACAGAAAAGAAAAAAAAAGGUUAAAAUGUCUCUUAAUUUUCAUUGGCUGUUAUUCUUAUACUGAUCAUCUUGUCUGUUCCCAGCAAGUCACCGGGCCAUCGAAUUAUCUCCAUGGUGUUGUUCAUUAUCCUUCUGCCGUGUACCUCAGAUCUAUCAGUUAUGAUCUCUCGUCUUGGAUUAUUUUGUUUCUUCUUUUUUUUUUUUAAAUUUGCUUUAAGAGUGCGAUGCCAUAUCAAAUCAAUGUUGUUCUCUCACGGUGUACUCUCUAACAGGUGUGGGUGGGGUUUAUGGUUGGGAUAAGAGGAGAGUCUAAAGUAGCAGAUUAGUGUGAAUAAAAAAGAAAAGGUCUUUAGGAAACCCGGGGGAAGUACAUUGUAUUGACUACAAUGCUGAUGUGACGUAGCCGUUAAGUCUUCAGUGAUCUUAAAAAAAAAAAAAAUCAACCGAAACUUGUUCUUCUGAGUGACUGGUUUGAAGUUGGAUUUGAAGAUGAUGUUGAAAAAGGUUUUGAAUGCAAUUAGGUUAUGCUAUUUGGACAAUAAACUCACCUUGACCUACAA